AUGCAAUUAGCUACUUAUUCUACGGACGGACCUUCUUCACUCAAACAUUGGGAAAUUUUGGUACCAAUCGAACCGGCAAAAAACGAAGAAUUCAAAAACCACUAUCCGCAAAGUCUACGCGAAGACGAGCGUGGUUGGGAUAUGUUUUUCGUUGGUCUUGAACUGUAUCUGAAUGCCUAUUGGCUAAUCAAGCCGCAUGGGAUCCAUCAAGAUCCAUCAAGAUCCAUCGGCGCUCUUGAGCAAUUGACGAUAUCUGGCCGUUCCUGUCCCUACACAUUCACCCUCCCUCUAUCCAACUACUGUCCACCAUCCGACCCUUGUCGUGAUGCACCAGCCAGCUCCUCUAGCGCCUCCCACCUGAGUUGGAGGAUCCGAAACUUCUAUUUGUGGAUCCACGAUGGACCAUCCACUGGUAUACAUCCCUCUGCCGGUCUCUCACAUAUCCUUGCUCACUCGUCUAUUUUCCCAGUCUGCACGAUCAUCAUGCUGCGUCCCCCCGUUCAUAAAACAGAACAAAAAAAUUUUGAAGCGAGUCAAGAGAGACGCCAACAUCAUUACGCAAAAGACGGUAUAUUGAGUAGGCGACGAGGGCUUCGCCUCACAAAGCCAUUGCAGGAGGUACAGGAGAUUCAAAGAGCACUCGCUGUAGCCUUAGGCUAUGAUGAAGAUCUAUCUGAGCCAGAGACGAGUGAUGACGAGAAUGACGCACUAUCAAUAGAUCUCCCAUCGUGCCUGCUCGCUUUCAAAAGCAUCAAGGACGAGAUGUUGGUGCUAAUUGGAGAACCCUGCGCAUUUACAGAGAGUCUCCUCCUUCAGUACGUCAAAAGCUUGCCAGAUGAAGUGCAUGGCAAGGGCGACACCUCAAUCAUUCAAAAUGCGAAAACAGAGGUCGAACGCUUACUCCGCCGUGCAACUCGAGUGCAGGAUCAAAUCAUAAUUUUCUGUGGAGUCUCGACCGAGUCUCGCGCUACUGAAUCAGUCUCCCGGUUCUUAAGCACUACACUCGCUUAUAUAGAUGAUAUCCAGUAUUUUUUGGACAUUGAAGGACUCACUGAGUUGACGGUUGCUCACUCAAUGGGUGAGCUGAUGUACCAGAAGAGGAUUCCGUAUCUAAGGCUUAUAUUCACGCAUUUCGUCUCGAUACAUUCUCCCCCCUUCACCAGUAUAUAG